GCAGAUACCGUGAGAACCUGCAAACUCCAUCACUGUAAUCAGAAUAACUUCAAGAAGCAGUUUUUCCGGUUUGCAUGACAGGGGAUGAUAAUCAUUUCUUUGCAUCCCCUUUCAAAGUGUGAACACUUCCUUUUUCUGUAAAGUCUCAUUCUCGGAGCGAGGCUGUGUGUGACAGACUGAUACAAGUGGGUCCUCUGAGAAAUCCAGUUGUAGUCCCACAUGAGAUGGAGGCUCAGACAGUCACGUGGUUGGUUUUUCUGGCCCUAAUAAAACAUGUUUCUACAAGUGACCCUGGAAGUCCCGUUAAAUACCCGCCCACUGAACCUACACUGUCUAUGAGGUCUGAGGUCAAAGAAGGUUGGACAAUCACCAUCAGCUGCACUGCUGAAAGUUUCCCACAGUCAACUCUCACCUUGAUGAAGAUCAACAGAAAUAAUCAGGCUUUAAUAAUCACUGAAGAAAAUCUUUAUUCACAACCCAGCAACUCUCUCUCCCACGAGUUUAAAGUGACUUCAUCCGACGCUGGCUGGUACUUCUGCCGUGCCCAGAACACUGAGGGCUCAAAGGACAGCAAGCAGCAGGAGUUGGUGGUGAAAUACCCGCCCACUGAACCUAAACUGUCUAUGAGCUCUGAGGUCACAGAAGGUCAGACCAUCACCAUCAACUGCACUGCUGAAAGUUUCCCACAGUCAACUCUCACCUUGAUGAGGACCUAUCCAAAUCCUCAGGCUUUAAUAAUGACUGAAGAAAAUCUUUAUUCACGACCCAUCAACUCUCUCUACCACACGUUUACUGUGACUUCAGCCGACGCUGGCUGGUACUUCUGCUGUGCCAGGAACACUGAGGGCUCAAAGGACAGCGAGCAGAAGAAGUUGGUGGUGAAAUGUGAGUGUUUCAGCUGCGGCUUUAUGUUUUAAACAAACAAAUCAGACAAAAUCUUCCAUAAAAAAAACUGUCCAUGCAGAAGAAAAAUCUUCUUGUGUAUUUUUUCAGUGAUCGAGUUUUUUCAUUAAUUUUACUUCUGACAGUUGAAACAACAGCACCUCAGGAAUUUAUAACCGUAAGAACUUAAAUCUCAGGGCUGUUGUUUCAAAAGCUUUGUCCCCAAACUUUGUCUUCAUGUAUUGUUUUAAUUUGAAUUCUGAACUAAAAUCUUCUGCAUAGUAUUCACAAUAUUACAUUCUUAGUGGACCGUCACUCACAUAGCAAGUGUCUUGGUCCAGAUUUGUCCUGGGCCAGGAGAAGACCAGAAGUGAUGGAUCAUUUCCUGAAGUGGCCCACAUCCGUGUGCUAUCUGGGUUGUGAAUUAACCUGAAAGAAUCUUCUGUUUCAGAUUCACCUGUUGUUGAGAUAAAGCUCAUUUCACUUGGGUCCUUUUUCCAGAUAAGCCGAGGAAG